AGAACUGACUGCUCAACAAACAUCAUGAAAAUACUCCCUUAAACUUCACUCUCUUGCAACAAAGAUGGCUGGGACUCUGACUUUUCUUCUCGUUUGUUCUCUGCUGCAGGGUGCUCUGUGUGGAACGUUCAACAUCAAAAUGCCACAGAAGAUAAAUCUCUUGAGAGGAUCCUGUGUGACCAUCCCCUGCUCCUUUGAUGUAGAGAACAAGCAUGAAAAUAAGUUAGAUGAUUCAUGCAAAGCAUAUUGGAGUGAUUCACUUUCAUUUAACAGUGAAAAUGCAAAACAAAAGCCAACUAAAGACAUGACAGGAGACUUAACAAAGAAAGACUGCACCACAACUUUCAAUAAUAUACGUCUCCUUCAAAGUACUAAAUAUUUCUUCAGACUGGAGUGUAAAAAUCCAUUAAAAUACACUUUUAAAGAAGCUGGUGUAGAUAUUUCAUUCAUAGAUAACCCUCCCUCACUGACUCUGACUCCAUCCACACUGAAGGUGAAGGAGGGAGCCUCAGUGAGCCUGACGUGCUCUGCUCCCGCUCCAUGUUGGUCUCAUCCUCCAGCUCUGACAUGGAGCCCUAACCUGGGUCAGAGUCAGGAGACACUGCAGGAGAAUCAGGACAAAACUAAAGUCAAGACCUCUGUUAUGAAUUUCACUGCAUCUCACCUCCAUCAUGGAAAUAAAAUCUCCUGCACUGCUGACUACCAGAACAAUCGUGGUAGCACUGAUGUCACUGCUGUCAGAAGCUUAAUUCCUGAUAUUACAUAUUCACCUAAAAACGUCACAGUUUCAGUCAGUCCCUCUGGUCCAGUACCAGAGAACAGCAAUGUGACUCUGACAUGCAGCAGUAAUGCCAACACAGCAGUAGAAAACUACACCUGGUACAGAGCUGAUGGAGGCCAGGAGACUUUUAUUGGAACUGGAAGCUCUUUUAAUGUUGCUGUUUCAAAAGUCAAAAGUACAUUUUUCUGCAAGGCUACAAAUGCACUCGGAUGUGAACGAUCAAGAAACCUACAAAUAGAUGUUCAAUAUUCACCUAAAAACAUCACAGUUUCAUUCAGUCCCUCUGGUCCAGUACCAGAGAACAGCAACGUGACUCUGACCUGCAGCAGCAAUGCCAACCCAGCAGUGAAGAACUACACCUGGUACAGUGCAAAUGGAAACCAGGAGACCUUUAUUGGGACAGGAAUGAGUUUAUCUAUUAAAGUCUCCAAAGACAGGCGAAUAUUGUUUUGCAAAGUUGAAAAUGAGAUCGGUUUUGGACGUUCCAGCAGCAUUCAAAUUGAAUUUCAGUAUCCUCCACAGAUCCUGUUCUCAUCACACUGCACCUCAACAGAAAGUCAGCUCAACUGUUCCUGUGAGACUCUGGGAAACCCAUCCCCCACUAUACAGUGGUAUUUGAAUGGACUACCUGUCAAUCACUCUAAAUGUGAAAUAUUCAAUGAGACUCUGAACAGGACAAUUCUGAGGAGCUUCUUCACUCUGAAUCAGCCUCAUAAGAAGGAUCAUCUCACCCUGCUUUGCCGCACCUUCAACUCCCUGGGCUCAGCCAGUCAACAAUUUUGUGUCAGCAGCCAACAAAUUUCCACAGAACAUCAACUUCUGUAUCCAGCGGUAAUAUCCAUUCUUGCAGUGCUACUGUUAGCACUGCUACUAUAUGUGUUUUUUAUCAGGGUUCAGAAGAAUCCUUGUAAAAAUAAAGGUCACUUAACAGAUGAAAACAACACAGUUGCAAUGAGUCAGCCUCUAACUGAAGAAGGAAAUGAGGAACCAAACACAACAGAAGAGUGCAUUUAUGCAAAUGCUGAUGGACUGAGAGGGGCAGAAAAUCUUCACCCUGCAAAAAUCACUGAACCAACCAGCACUGACUUUCCAAACUCUGGGCUAAACCAUGAAGAAGGAGGAUGCAAAAAAUCAGACAAGAAAGGGGACGAGUGCGAACUGAUUUACUCUAAUGUGAACUGGAAGAUGAAAAGCAAGAACAAGAAGGGUGAAAAGUCUUUGGACAUGAAUCCACCUGGCAGAUCUUAUUUGGAAGAGGAGAAGUGCAUGGUGAGGGGAGUUAACAGAAAGUUUGUGAGCAAUGCAGUAGAAAUGGGAGGCCUGUAUGCUCAAGUGGAGCCUAGAAAUAUGAGGAAGGAAGUGGGUUGUGAAUAUGCACAAGUCAAAUUUAAAGAACAAACCGCUAUGCAAAAAUAG